AUGAGUCAUUCCCCAAAGACAUCAGUUACUGGUGUCCCCAAAUCAGAUAGUCCACGCUUGGGAAAAGGUCACAAAGUACAUUUGUCAAAUGCUAUAAAGACAAAGGGAAAACAACAAAAUAAUAAAGAUAUUUCAGCUCACAGGAUACAGAGAGUGUGGUUAUCUCAUCUUGACAAGUCAAUGUUUCAACUCCUUAAGUGUACAAUUUGUGCAGCGGAACAUCAUGUGACACGUGAAAUUUUGAAGAAAGUGAGCCCUUUUGAGGCUGAGCUUGUUAAAGAUCCUUGCUUGAAGUGUAAAGUUAGAUUCAGAUUUAGUGGUGAAACAUUUCCACCUUUCAUCGUGUUUAAAAUUUUUCUUCAUACUGAAGGCCUUGGUUACAAGUAUUUCAGUGGAAAAAAUGUAUUAAAGCCGUCAAGUGAGGCUGUGGUUGAUGCUUGUAAAAUAAUGGGGAAAAAGAAAUUUUAUCAUCAAAUUAUGGAAGAUGAACGUCUUUUCCAGAAGUUCAAAAUAACUGAUGAAAUAGAUAUUGUCACCCUGAAAGAUUACAUGCAAUAUUCCAGUCUUCUGGAUAAGAUCCCUGCAUCUUCUGGUGGCAGAAAUAACUACUGGCGAAGAUUAAAUCUCGAAAACAUUCCUAGGACAAUGAUAAUGUAUGACAUAGUUUAUUAUGCGGAGUCUGGAAUAAUCUCAAACCGUCUAAAAAAAGAAAUGAAGUAUCUAUUACAAAGACCAAAAACAGAAGAGAUGCGUCAGCACCAGCUACAGAUUGUUUCUCAAGUUAGGUGCCCUUCAUCCUUAUCAAGUCUUCAACCUUUAUAUCGGCCCUACCAACAGCAAAGUCAAAUUAAACACCUGGGACGUCGAUCCGAGCAAGCUCAAAUGAAAGUUGAAAAAAUGAAAAAAGCUUAUAAGAUGGCUAAAGAAAAAAUUGCUUCUGCGGGAACUCAACUGAAAAUGGACACACCGGGUACAAAGCAAAACGAGACGAUGGUCUUCUCCACCCCAUUCUUUGACAUUGUAAAAGUUAAUGAGCUCAUGUCAGAUGACGAAUUGGAAGAAGAGGAAAAGGAAUUAUUUGCCUGGUGUCAAGACUUGUAUAUUAAUAAUUCUCCAUCAUGUUAA